UAUUUUUAACGCUCAAUCACAUAAACAACAUUAAAAAUAAAAUAUAAGAUUAGUAAAAAAUUAAUUGUGUUUUAACUCAGCGUUUCCUUAGUAAAGUCUCUCUAGCUUUCUCUGUGUAUCUCUCUCUCCGUAGCAUAUCUUCUCUUCUCAGGCGAAUUAAACGCUGCCGUUUCUUCUCUCUCUUUCUCUGUCAACAACGGAGCUUAAAUCUUUUUUCUUCUUUGCGGAGUCUUGGCUUUCGGAUUGCAUAUUCCAUUGCUUUGAUUGGCAUAGGAACAAAUUUUUUUAGUGAAGAAUCGUUGGGGAAUCGAUGAAACCUUGGUUAGUAUGUCUGGAUUAAUUGAAGGUCUUCCAGACGCUGUUGCCCUUAGGUGUCUAGCACGGGUUCCCUUCUACCUAUAUCCUAAGUUGGAGCUUGUCUCUCAUUCCUGGAGAGCUGCCAUUCGUAGCCCUGAGCUGUUUAAAGCUCGACAGGAGAUUGGCUCAGCAGAGGAACUUCUAUGUGUGUGUGCCUUUGAUCCAGAGAAUUUAUGGCAGAUGUAUGAUCCUCUCCACGACCUUUGGAUUACUCUUCCUGUCCUUCCUUCUAAGGUCAGGCACCUUGCCCACUUUGGUGUCGUCUCAACUGGUGGAAAGUUGUUUGUUCUUGGAGGUGGGAGUGAUGAUGUCGACCCAUCAACUGGUGACCAAGAUGGGAGUUUUGCAACUGAUGAAGUCUGGUCAUAUGACCCUAUAACGCGUCGGUGGGCUCAACGUGCAUCUAUGAUCUUACCUCGUGCCAUGUUUGCAUGCUGUGUUUUGAAGGGAAAGAUCAUUGUUGCUGGUGGCUUUACCAGCUGCAGAAAAUCUGUAUCUCAAGCAGAAAUGUAUGAUCCUGAGAAGGAUGUCUGGAUUCCAAUACCUGAUCUCCACCGCACUCACAAUUCAGCAUGCUCAGGAUUAGUCAUCGGAGGAAAGGUGCAUGUCUUGCACAAGGGGUUGUCUACAGUGCAGGUAUUGGACCACGUGGGGUCUGGGUGGACAGUAGAGGAUUAUGGUUGGCUCCAGGGUCCAAUGGCAGUUGUACAGGGAGCUCUCUACGUGAUGAGUCAUGGACUUAUUUUCAAGCAGGAAAAGGAAGUGAGAAAGGUUGUGAUUUCUGCUUCAGAGUUUCGAAGGAGAAUCGGGUUUGCAAUGACAGGGCUAAGAGAUGAAGUUUACGUAAUUGGAGGGGUGAUCGGCCCUGAUCGAUUUAAUUGGGAUAUCAAACCAAUGUCUGAUGUUGAUAUCUUGACGGUUGUGGGUGAGAGACCUACAUGGCGUCAGUCUGCUCCAAUGACAAAGUGCCGAGGAACAAUUUUUGGUUGUACGCAGCUAAGAAUUUAGGUCUCCACCUUUUUUUUUUUUUUUUCUCUUUUAAUAGUUUGUUGGUUUGAUUGUGAACAGUGUACUCUUGUUGAGGCACUGAAUUCCUCCUAUUGGAGACGAGAAAUGAUCUUUUUUUUUGUUUUUAUUCGCUACCUAAUUUUGUUUUAUACUUGUUUUUCCCUUUUGAUUUUAAGAGUCUUCCGGGGAGAUUCCUAUGCAUCAAAUAUAGCUACUUGAAAAAUGACUUUAGAUUGAAAUGAGGAACAGUUAUUUUUCCU